AACACGACGUCGCCGGAAAACGCCAUUUUGUUGUUGAACCGGAUCGGUGGUGUAGAAGCAUCGAGAAGCGCCAGUGAAGGUGAGACAAGAUGGGAAAUUUUGCUAGCCUUUUUAGUAAAUUGUUUGGAAAGAAGGAGAUGAGGAUCCUGAUGGUAGGACUGGAUGCUGCUGGAAAGACCACCAUCUUGUACAAGCUCAAGCUGGGAGAAAUUGUUACCACAAUCCCUACCAUUGGUUUUAACGUUGAGACGGUAGAAUACAAAAACAUCAGUUUUACAGUGUGGGAUGUCGGCGGUCAGGACAAGAUCAGGCCGCUUUGGAGGCAUUACUUCCAAAACACACAAGGCCUCAUCUUUGUAGUGGACAGUAAUGACAGAGAGCGAGUGGGUGAGGCGAAGGAGGAGCUGAUGCGAAUGCUGGCUGAGGAUGAGCUGAGAGAUGCCGUGUUGCUCGUGUUUGCAAAUAAACAGGACCUGCCCAACGCCAUGAAUGCAGCUGAGCUUACAGACAAACUGGCCCUGCACUCCCUGCGUCACCGUAACUGGUAUAUCCAGGCCACAUGUGCUACUACUGGAGACGGUCUCUACGAGGGUCUGGACUGGCUUUCAAGCCAGUUAAGGAACGCAAAAUGAUCAAUCACUGCCAGCUCUGUGCGGUGUUUUGGGAGAUUGCACUGGUCCUGGUCUCACGCUCUCCUCUUUUUUUUCCCUCUCUAUUUUUUCUGAAGCGUCGGACCUUUUGGCUAGUGCUCCCCUGCAUUUGUACUGUAUGUGUGUGUUUGAGUAUUUUUGGAUGAACGGACGAACGACUGUGCAUGUACGUGUGAGCUAAGUCGGAGCAGCCCUGCUGUGCCUUGAACACAGUUAGCUCUCAAGACAUCUCAUUCCUCCAGUGUCAGCACAUCCAGAGGCACUGGUUCCCACAAAGCAGAGAACAACACAACAUUAUUGCUGUGGGUCAUCUGUCAAGAAUGUUUAGAAUCACAAAAACCAAAAGGUAACAACAAUUAGGUUUUUACAUCAGCCUGUCAUAUUAGAAUUAAGACCAUUUUCACAACUGUUUUUUUUCUCCUCCCAACCUUGCAAGAUGCACUGUGCUAUGUAACUAGUGUCAUUUUUGGUAAAAUAAAGUAUAAUGUGUUACA